AUGGAGCCAGAGCCGGCCCUGAACGACAGCCUGGCGGCCGUCCCCUGGAUGCCCGCCCGUGGUGGCAACGCCUCGCUGGAGUUGGCAUCGCGGCCCCCCGCGCCCGCUGCUAUCAACCCCUGGGAUGUGAUGCUGUGCGUCUCCGGCACUGCCAUCGCCUGCGAGAAUGCCAUCGUGGUGGCCAUCAUCUGUUACUCGCCCACCCUGCGCACCCCCAUGUUCGUGCUUGUUGGGAGCCUGGCCACCGCUGACCUGCUGGCUGGGCUCGGCCUCAUCCUCAACUUUGUUUUCCAGUACGUGAUCCGCUCUGAGACCGUCAGCCUCCUCACGGUGGGCUUCCUCGUCGCCUCCUUCGCUGCCUCUGUGAGUAGCUUGCUGGCCAUCACGGUCGAUCGCUACCUCUCCCUCUACAACGCCCUUACCUACUACUCAGAGAGGACAGUGCUGUGCAUCCACACCAUGCUGGUGGGCACCUGGGGGGUGUCACUCUGCCUGGGGCUGCUGCCGGUCCUGGGCUGGAACUGCCUCCACGACCGCUCUGCCUGCAGCGUUGUCAGACCCUUGACCAAGAGCAAUGUGACUCUGCUGUCCGCCUCUUUCUUUCUCAUUUUCAUCAUCAUGCUGCAUCUCUACAUUGAAAUCUGUAAAAUAGUUUGCAGACAUGCCCAUCAGAUAGCUCUUCAGCAACAUUUUCUGACUGCAUCGCACUAUGUUGCUACCAAAAAGGGAGUGUCUACUCUUGCUAUAAUUCUCGGGACUUUUGGAGCAAGCUGGCUACCUUUUGCCAUAUACUGUGUGGUCGGGGAUCCCGACUACCCUUCUGUGUACACUUACGCCACACUUCUACCUGCUACCUACAACUCCAUGAUCAAUCCUAUCAUUUACGCCUACAGAAACCAAGAAAUUCAGAGGUCCAUGUGGGUUCUCUUCUGUGGCUGCUUUCAGUCUAAAGUGUCCUUUCGCUCCCGGUCCCCAAGCGAUGUCUGAGUGACUUUUCUCUUUGUAGUACUGCACCAAGUGACAAUCUACUUAGUGAAUUAUUACAGUGCCUGUUAUAAACUUCAAACUUUGUCGUGAAGUCAUUGCAAACAUGCUUAAAUAUUAGCACUUUAUACAAGUUUGUAUUUUUGAGAGUGUUCAGGGUAUGGAAUUUUCAGUUCUGUGAAAAAAUGUGGUUGUAUAUUAAUUUUCACAUCACAUUUGUAAGGUGAAGACAUUCCGUACCACUCAAUUAUAGCACCUUAUUUCUAGCUGCUGACCUGCCAAAACAGUGUUGCCUUUCCGAAGGGCAGAGAGAAAGAAAGUUGGGUUUUGUGUUGUAUUAGUAUGUGUGUGUGUUUUGGGGGAGAGGAGAUGUAUGUAUGUAUGUCAGUAACAAUACAUUGCUGCACAAUGUUGAUAAAUUAUAACAUUUUGUACACAAAUAAAAGCAUUUAAGAUGUAAAAGUUUUGUGUGUUCAUAUGAUUUUA